CAUUUGUUGGGUUUAUGGAGUCUCGUCUUAAUUGAAUGAAACGGGCACGGACACAAAACGACCAAAACACAUGAUGAGUCAUGAUCAGAAGUAAUAACCACAGUCCCACGUGGAACCAGUGUCUUCAGGUGCUGAGCUGGAUACAGAGGCGCCCUUCGUUACGUGACAGAAAACGGGACGCCACGCCCACCGCACACCUGCGAGACCAGCGUUCGCGCGCCCCUGCGCCCCGCCGAGCUCGUGCGCACUCGCGAGGCGCAGCAAGGGUGGCCAUAUACAGGACAGCGGUAUCGCGCGCGCGACCUGUCUCUUUAAGUUGGUGCCAAAGCCGUUUAGCGCCGUGUCUGUUCCGAGGCUAUUUCAGCGUUCGCGCCGCGGACGGGACUAAGCGUCUUCCGCUCGUCGUACACUCCGCAGCCUGGAGAGAGAGAGACGCCGCUCGGCUCCGGCGCCUGGAACCACCCGGGAAAGUUUGGAGCAUGGAGAAGUAGCGAGGCGAAGCCGUCUCCGGGCCCCGGCUGCACCAUGGUGAACCCGGACGAGCGUCGCCCGCUGAGUCCCAGCACGGACAGCGGGAUGGUGUGAAGCCCCGGGCCGCUGUUUGACGUUGGCACCGCAAUAACAGACGAACUCCGCGAACGGAACAUGCAGAAGAGCGUUCGCUACAACGAGGGCCACGCACUCUAUCUGUCGGUGGUCGCGCGUAAAGAGGGCACCAAGCGCGGCUUCCUGAGCAAGAAGACCGCGGAGAACAGCCGCUGGGCCGAGAAGUACUUCGCGCUCUACCAGAACGUGCUCUUCUACUUCGAGAACGACCAGAGCGCGAGACCCUCCGGUAUUUACCUGCUGGAGGGAUGCACGUGCGAGCCCAAGGUCUCCGCCAUCACCAAGGAGCCCAUGGAGAAACAGCAGUACUACUUCCUGGUCAUUUUUGGCCACGAUGGACAAAAGCCCCUGGAGCUGCGGGCGGAGGAGGAGUCGGACUGCAAUGAGUGGGUGGAGUGCAUCCAGCAGGCCAGCUACUCUGACAUCAUCAUUGAGCGAGAGAUCCUGAUGCAGAAGUACAUCCACCUGGUCCAGAUCAUGGAGACAGAGAAGAUAGCAGCCAAUCAGCUCCGCACACAACUAGAGGACCAGGACACAGAGAUCGAGAGGCUUAAAGGCGAGAUCGCGGUGUUGAACAAAGCCAAGGAACGGAUCCGGCCUUACCAGAACAACCAAGAUGAGGAGGACCCGGAUAUUAAAAAGAUCAAAAAGGUGCAGAGUUUCAUGCGUGGCUGGCUGUGCCGGAGGAAGUGGAAGCUCAUCGUCCAGGACUACAUCUGUUCACCUCAUGCCGAGAGCAUGAGGAAGAGGAACCAGAUCGUCUUCAGCAUGGUGGAAGCUGAGACGGAGUACGUCCACCAGCUGUCCAUCCUGGUCAACUGUUUCCUGCGGCCGCUCCGCAUGGCCGCCAGCUCCAAGAAGCCGCCCAUCAGCCACGACGACGUCAGCAGCAUCUUCCUCAACAGUGAGACCAUCAUGUUUUUGCAUGAGAUCUUCCAUCAGGGUCUAAAGGCCCGGAUUGCCAACUGGCCCACUUUGGUUUUGGCCGACCUGUUCGACAUCCUACUGCCAAUGUUGAACAUCUACCAGGAGUUUGUACGGAACCAUCAGUACAGUCUGCAGGUGCUGGCGAACUGCAAGCAGAACCGAGACUUUGACAAGCUGCUCAAACAGUACGAGUCCAACGCAGCCUGUGAGGGCCGGAUGUUGGAGACGUUCCUCACGUAUCCCAUGUUCCAGAUCCCACGCUACAUCAUCACUCUUCAUGAGCUGCUGGCUCACACGCCUCACGAACACGUGGAGCGCAAGAGCAUGGAGUUUGCCAAAUCCAAACUGGAGGAGCUGUCAAAGAUGAUGCACGAUGAAGUGAGCGACACGGAGAACAUCAGGAAGAACCUGGCCAUCGAGCGGAUGAUUGUAGAAGGCUGCGACAUCCUGUUGGAUACCAGCCAGACCUUUGUCAGACAGGGGUUCCUCAUUCAGCUGCCGCCCAGCAGCGAGCGGAGCAUGCUCAGCAAGGUCCGCCUGGGCUCCCUCUCUCUGAGGAAGGAAGGGGAACGACAAUGCUUCCUGUUUACCAAACACUUCCUCAUCUGUACUCGAUCCUCUGGAGGAAAGCUUCACUUGCUCAAGCAGGGAGGAACGCUGUCUCUCAUAGAGUGCACCCUGUUUGAAGACCUUGAUGCCAUUGACGAGGACUACAAUGCUGCAGGUCAAGGCCUUAACCAUCUGGAGUUUAAAAUCGUGGUGGAGCCUCCUGAUGGCCAGUCCUUCUCUGUCGUCCUCCUGGCGCCGUCUCGUCAGGAGAAGGCUGCGUGGACCAGCGACAUCAGCCAGUGCAUCGAUAACAUCCGGUGCAACGGCCUUAUAACCAGCGUGUUUGAGGAGAACUCCAAGGUUUCUGUGCCGCACAUGAUCAAGUCUGAUGCCCGGCUGCAUACAGACGAUGUCGACAUUUGCUUUAGCAAGACACUGAACUCCUGCAAGGUGCCACAGAUCCGCUACGCCAGCGUGGAGCGUCUGCUGGAGCGGCUGACGGACCUGCGCUUCCUGUCCAUAGACUUCCUCAACACUUUCCUCCACACGUACAGGAUCUUCACCACCGCUGCCGUGGUCAUCGACAAACUCACCGACAUCUACAAGAAGCCGUUUACCUCCAUACCUGUGAGGAUCGAGCAGCUUUCAUAUGAUCGUCUGUCCAUCAUGUCCCUCUGCCCAGACUACAGUCUGAAGAUCACACAGCUGGCACUGGACCAGUCCAAGUCUUUGGAGCUGUUCUUCGCGACCAACCAGGGUAUGUGGGGAACAGACCCUUUAAACAACAAGUCUCCGAGGCUGUGCCGCAAGUUUUCCUCUCCUCCUCCUCUGUCCAUCCCCUCUCGCACCUCUUCCCCUGUCCAUUGCCGCAAGCUCUCCCUCAGUUCCCCGAUCAGCAUCAAAGUGGGAGCUUUGGACCUGUCUGCCACCCCCUCCUCCUCUGCAGCCAACUCUCCCACCUCCAGUCACAGCCCCUCCAUCUCCUCGCCUCCUCCCACCUCCACCAGGCCUCCUUCUGGCUUCUCUUCUCCUCCGCCCACUGCCACACGUUCACCCAGCCUACCUCAGGCCGCCUGGGUGUCUUCGCCACCCCCGAUCUCUACCAGGGCCCCAUUGGACCUCAGCCGGGGUCCCAGCUCCCCAGAGCUGAGCCCGGCUGCAGGGGAGGACGUCAGCGGGGAGCUGCCUCGCAUCGAUGCCUUCUGUGGGAAGCUAAGGCGAAGCAUCCGCAGAGCUGUCCUGGAGUCAGUGUCGCUAGACAAAUUCAUUCCUGAAACACCAGCGACCAGUGAAGCGAGUGACAUGUCUCCCUGCCGCUCGCCUUCCACACCGAGGCACCUCCGCUAUAGACAGACAGGAGUCACACCGGGUGAGAACUCUCGUUGCACCAUGUCGCCAGCUUCAGCUUUCGCCAUUGCCACCGCUGCUGCUGGACACAGCAGCUCCCAGGGUUUUAAUAAUCCUGAAAAAGGCUGUGACAAAGAGUUCAUCAUCCGCAGAGCUGCUACCAACAGAGUCCUCAAUGUGCUGCGACACUGGGUGUCCAAACACUCGCAGGACUUUGAGAUGAACAGCGAGCUUAAGACCGGUGUCGUUGUUCUGCUGGAGGAGGUGCUACGAGACCCGGACCUGCUGCCUCAGGAGAGAAAGGCUACAAGCAACAUAUUAAGUGCCCUUUGUCAAGAAGAACAGGAUGAUGCUCAGCUGAAGAUCGAGGACAUACUACAGAUGAAAAGCUGCCCCCUGCUCCACUUCAUAGCGGCAGAGAGUCCGAGGGCCGAGUGCUUUGAGUCCCUGUCAGCGAUGGAACUGGCAGAACAGAUCACUCUGCUGGACCACAUUGUGUUUAGGAGUAUUCCUUACGAGGAAUUUCUGGGUCAGGGCUGGAUGAAGCUCGAAAAGAUGGAGAGAACUCCCUACAUCAUGAAGACCAGCCAGCACUUCAAUGAUAUGAGUAACUUGGUGGCGUCGCAGAUAAUGACCCACACUGAUGUGGGCUCCAGGGCCGGCUCCAUAGAGAAGUGGCUAGCGGUGGCUGAUAUCUGUCGCUGCCUCAACAAUUACAACGGCAUGCUGGAGAUCACCUCUGCUCUGAACCGCAGCGCCAUCUACCGGCUGAAGAAGACCUGGGCCAAAGUCUGCAAACAGACCAAAGCCCUCAUGGACCGCUUGCAGAAGACGGUGUCGUCAGAAGGACGCUUCAAGAAUCUCAGAGAGACUCUGAAAAACUGUAACCCUCCAUGUGUCCCAUACCUGGGCAUGUACCUCGCUGACCUGGCCUUCAUUGAGGAGGGAACGCCCAACUUCACGGAAGACGGACUGGUCAACUUCUCUAAGAUGAGGAUGAUUUCUCACAUCAUCCGUGAGAUUCGUCAGUUCCAGCAGGCUCCUUACAGGAUUGAGCACCAGCCCAGAGUGACUCAGUUCCUCCUGGACAAGACUCUGGUGAUGGAUGAAGACACGCUCUACGAGCUCUCACUGAAAAUUGAGCCCAGGGUGGCACCUGGAUAACUUUGACUUUGAUCCUCACAAACUUAUGUCUUUUCCACCUAAACGUCCUGAGAAAAACGACACAGCUUGAGAUGUUGGACAUGUUUAAAGACACAGCUACACGUGUUGGUGAGCUCAGGCCACUCAGGAGAAAACGUGCCUUAACGUAUGGCGUUACCCUGUACAGACGACCUUUGACCUUUUGGAGACCUCUGCUCCUGCUGCUCCGCGUGGGUUUGCUGGGAGAAGGCCCCGGGUACCAUAGUGAUCACUGGGCUCUAAAACAUAACUUCAGUCUCUUCAGUUGUGGAAUAAGUGAUGUUCUACACAGAAAUAAUUCCAGUCGCUGAAAUGUUUCUUACAUCCUGCAAAACCCUGAAUUUGCUUCUUCAAUUGCAUCAUUACUAGUUCACAAUGUUGCUUAUUACAUUGAGAUUUUAAGUCCUGUCAACUGUAUAACAACCAUUUUCUCGGACUGUUGAUCUGUAGCGAAUGUUUCUAUACUCGUCCAUAGUACUGUAUGUUGAUGCUGUUUCCCUAAGGUUCCUGAGAACAUUUGUCCUUUUUUAAAAUGAUUAGUUUUAUUCUUUGAAUGCUUUAAUACUUUAGCAGACGCUUGCUUUCUUACGACGCUGUAUCAUUUCUUAUUCCACUUUUUAUUCCUCUGUGCAAUAUACAGAUAUGUACACACACCAGGCUUCAAAAUAAAAGCACGCCGAACUGUGA